AUGAUAAUAACGGAAAGCGACCUGUCGCAUAGAUUGAAGUCGCUAGCUUAGCCUGCUAACAGUGAAGCGCUGUUAAAUUUGGUUAACAAUUCAUUAAUUUCACAAUGUUUUUUUUUUUUUUUUACCGUGUGAACUGUGAAUGUUUAAUAUAAAGUGAAACAAAUGUGUGGCUCUGUCUUUAACGUUGGCCCUUGGUAUUAUAACACAUUAGCUAAGCGAUAGCAUCUGUAAAAGCAAGAAUGUACUGACUUGAUGUUGAUAAAAAAUACACUAUGGUACCAACCAUGACCGGGUCUAUUCAUCAUUUGUCCAAUUACAUCUCUGCCACAUAACCGUAAACAACGUAAUCUGGAAUUAUGUAAUCAGCCUAAUCGUGUGAGGCUAAGUAACCUAGCCUGCUUAGCUUAGCUGUGUGGGGGCGCCCAGCAUUUAAUUUUACGGAAACGACAUAAAGACAGUGUCAGUGUUAAAGGCAUAAACAACAUAACUUCUAAUAGUUAUUUUGUCGGUUAACCUCGACAUGACACCAACUGUCUACACACCUUUAUUGACAGAGCUACAUCUAUAGCUAACGUUAGCUAGCGUGAUAAAGCAAUAAACUCUGUUAAGUGAUGACUAAGUGAUCUUGAUUUCUGGUGCAGAUGUUCAGACUUCUCAGGUAUGUCAAACUUUAAUAAUCAUUAGAUUAGUUGUCAACAGUGUUUAGAAAUUGACAUUUGAAUAUACUUUUCUUUCUAUGCUUUAAUUAUGCUGGGGAUAAUGAUUUAAAAAAAGAAAUAAUAGUCUGUAAAUGAUGCAUAACAAUUUCUAAAACUUACUAUUUAUCUCAGUCUUUUUAGUUACUUUUUUAAGUCCUCCAUGGGGCAUUCAGUAUGAAAUCAGAUUAAUGUACUUAAGCCUGGUUGUUUAUGAUUUGAGCAAUAGUUUUGUGUAAGCAGGUUCAGGUGAGCCUUAGCUUCACACUUGGCUAUUGGUCAGUAAUUCAUUCGUUGUGUAAAUGAGUAUGAUAUGAGUAGGGGUAUCGUUUUGGUGAUAUACCGUCGUGCUUGUACGUACGGUUCCAUAAUCGAUUCACCAGGGCAAAUAUUGAUAUUUUAAUUAAUACAUUUACGCUCUCCAAAGUAAACAGUCCCUACGGUGUCGGUACUUCAUUUUCUCCUCAUGGUUGUGCUUCUCAAAUUAAUGAGGGAAACUUGGGUGCAAGUUACUUGGCCUAAGAGGGAGUUUACAGCAGGAUAAUGUAGUAUGUUAAGAGAUGCCCUAUCAACAUUCAAUUCAUAGACUUCAUGCACAUUGUUCUGUAGGUUGUGAAUAAAUAGAGAAUUCCUGCACUUUUUUAACUUUUCACUGAUGUUUUGUUUUCUUUAGAUAGACAGAUAUCGGGAUGUAUCACUAUAUGAUUCUCUUGCAAUAUGUUGAUUAUCACAGUAUAGUUGUUAUUAUAUGAUAAUGUUGGACCAUAUAUUGCAUAUCCUGUGAUUCCCACUCCUAGAUAUGAGUAUAACAAGAUGUGCAGGAAAGCUUCUCCAAAUAAUGUCCUUAAAGAACAAAUUGAAACCGCUCUUAAUAUGGAGGAGACUGGCUCAGUGGUCUUUUAACCAGAAGGUCACAGGUUUGAACCCCAGCUUUGUUUGUCCUACAUACUGAUGUGUCCCUGGCCAACACACUUGACCCCAAGUUGCUCUUGAUGCCUGUGCAGGCAGCUUGUUGAAUGUAUAUGAAAGAGGUGUUAUAGAGAAAAGACCUUGCGCAUGAAUGUGCUGCUGUAUGAAUGUGUGGGCGAAAAUGGGUGAAUGGUAAAAGCGGUAGUGAAAAGCAGCUUUAAGAGGUCAUCAAGACGAUAGUAUAUGUUAUAUAAACACAGACCAUUUACCAUUAAUCAUAUACCCACAUAAUGUAUUCAGAGAAGAACAGUACUUGGUGUUCCUACAUCACUAAACCUUUUCUUUCUCCUGCAGGUUGAUAUUUUAACUGUGAUGGAGUUUCCAGAUUUAGGUGAACACUGCUCUGAGAAGACAUGCAAACGUUUAGACUUUCUUCCAAUGAAAUGUGAUGCCUGUCAAGAGAUUUUCUGCAAGGACCACAUCACCUAUGCAAAUCACCAAUGCACAUCAUCCUACAAGAAGGAUGUCCAGGUCCCAGUCUGUCCUUUGUGCAACACCCCCAUUCCCAUCAAGCGAGGCGAGAUGCCCGACAUUAAAGUCGGUGAACACAUUGACCGGGACUGCAAGUCGGACCCCGCACAAAGAAAGAGAAAAAUUUUCACAAAUAAAUGUUCACAAGGAGGCUGUAAGCAGAAGGAAAUGAUCCGUGUGACCUGUGACCAGUGCCAUCUAAAUUACUGUCUUAAACACCGGCACCCACUAGACCACGAUUGUAAGACUGAUGACAAACCUCUGUCCAAACCUGGACAUGCUGCUGUAAUGAGAGCCCAAAGUGCUUCCUCCAACUCUGCCUCCAGCUCUAGUUCUGCUUCAGGAAACUCUCGGCCUGUUUCUAAUGGUGUAAGAGCAAACUCUAGAGGCAGCCACAGUGGGACUACACAGCAGAUUCCUGCUUCUGUUUCAGCACACAGUGUGAUACCACCUUCAGCUUCGUUUCAAGCCGGCAUGACGGAGGAACAGGCUUUACAAAGGGCUCUGGAGAUGUCCUUGGCUGAGACCAGGCCAGCAGUGCAGCCGACCCUCAGCCCUCAGGAGCAGGAGGAUCUGGCUCUCGCUCAGGCUCUCGCUGCCAGCGAAGAAGAAUUCAGACGCCAGCAGCAGAGACAACAGGGGAGAGAAUCCAAACAGUCCAACUGCAGCCUUUCUUAGUUAAAAUUCAAGCUGUGCUAUUUACUAGAAUCUGCACAUUGUGUGACAUCAAUAUCCAGGAUCAAUGAUUGUUAUAUGAAGAAAUCUUUCUCAUGGAAUUCGCUCAAGAUGUUUUCCGCCUUCUACAAUACAAGCACAUACUGUAUUUUCCUCGCAGGUUCUUUUUAUUUUUACCAGUGAUUUUGCUCUGUAUAUAUAUAUAUAUUUUAUAUGCUAAUCAUAACAAAUCCAUUAUAUUACCACAUAUAAAUAUUGAAUAAAUUAUUUGAAAAGA